CCACAACAAAGCAAGAGCAGCUAGCCUUGCAAUCACUACCCAGUCUCAAAGAAACUUGUACUAGCUAGCACUGAGAAAUGGCUUCGAACACGAGCUUGCUGGCCGUGAUCAUGGCGUGCACGCUCCUACUCACCGGGCACACGUGCCAGGGCGCACGCCACUUGGCCGACACGACUCCGGCGGCUGCCCCUACCGCUGCUGUACCUAGCCUGCCGGCCGUGCCGACCCUGCCUGCCGUGCCCACGGACACGGUCACCCUGCUGCCACCAAUGCCGGCGGUCACCCUGCCCACCGUGCCACAAGUGACGCUGCCGCCCAUGCCUUCCGUCGUCGUGCCUAAGGCGGUGCUGCCGCCCAUGCCCAAGGUGACGAUGGCGCCGAUGCCCGCUAUUGUCGUACCAAAGGUGACACUGCCGCCAAUGCCGUUUGUCCCGAAUGUGAACGUGCCCAUGCCGUUCCUGGCGCCACCUCCGUCUGUGUAGGCGACUCAGUGCGGCGGCCUUGAUGCGGGAGUGGCCACGACUACAUGUUCUUUACGCCUCCAUAUUUUCUUACAUGUAACUCUUUACUUUUUUUUUUGAAUUGUUUGGAUUGCUACCACAUAUGUCACGUGGUAGAACUCUUUACAUUUGUAUGUGAUGUGUACCAGUUGUUCAUAUACCAAUUUAUUUAAGCCACCAUAUUUUUAUUGUU